UUAAUUAAUUAAUAUUACUUAAAAUAAUAAGAUUUUUUUUUAUUUUUACUAGGAAUUUGGUUAUUGGCCGAUUUUGACUUUGUACUUUCCAAUAUUGGAACGAUUGUGCAAAGAUUCAGAACAAUUAAGAAUAUAAAAUUCGAUUUAUUUAUCCACUUUUUAUUAACCGAACCCCUUUACAAAAGAGAUAAAACAAAUGAAUAAGAAACAAAAUUCAUCAAGAAUCAAAAUAUUUUUUAUUCUUUAUUUUUUUUGUAUGGAAUAUAUACAUCAAUAUUCAUGGAUCAUACCUUUCAUCCCACUUCCAGUUCCUAUUUUUAUAGGGGUAGGACUUCUACUUUUUCCUACGGCAACAAAAAAGAUUCGCCGUAUGUGGGCUUUUCCUAGUAUUUUAUUGUUAACGAUAGUUAUGAUUUUUUCGAUCGAUCUAUCUAUUCAUCAAAUCGAGAAUAGUUCUAUCUAUCAAUAUGUAUGGUCUUGGACUAUAAAUAAUGAUCUUUCUUUAGAGUUUGGCUAUUUGAUUGAUUCACUUACUUCUAUAAUGUCAAUAUUAAUCACUACUGUUGGGAUUCUGGUUCUAAUUUAUAGUGAUAGUUACAUGUCUCAUGAUCAAGGCUAUUUGAGAUUUUUUACUUAUCUGAGUUUUUUUAAUACUUCAAUGUUAGGGUUAGUUACUAGUUCAAAUUUGAUACAAGUUUAUAUUUUUUGGGAAUUGGUUGGAAUGUGUUCUUAUCUAUUAAUAGGUUUUUGGUUCACACGUCCUAUUGCGGCAAAUGCUUGUCAAAAAGCGUUUGUAACUAAUCGUGUGGGGGAUUUUGGUUUAUUAUUAGGAAUUUUAGGUUUUUAUUGGAUAACGGGUAGUUUGGAAUUUCGGGAUUUAUUUCAAAUAUUCAACAACUUAAUUUAUAAGAAUGAGGUGAAUCUUUUUGUUACUUUGUGCGCCCUCUUGUUAUUUUGCGGAUCAGUUGCGAAAUCUGCCCAAUUCCCUCUUCAUGUAUGGUUACCAGAUGCUAUGGAAGGUCCUACUCCUAUUUCCGCUCUUAUCCAUGCUGCUACUAUGGUAGCAGCAGGAAUUUUUCUUGUAGCUCGACUUCUUCCUCUUUUCAUAGUUAUACCCCCCAUAAUGAGUGUAAUAGCUUUGAUAGGUAUAAUAACAGUAGUAUUAGGAGCUACUUUAGCUAUUGCUCAAAAAGAUAUUAAGAAAAAUUUGGCCUAUUCUACAAUGUCUCAAUUGGGUUAUAUGAUGUUAGCUUUAGGUAUGGGCUCUUAUCGAGCCGCUUUAUUUCAUUUGAUUACUCAUGCUUAUUCAAAAGCAUUGUUAUUUUUAGGAUCUGGAUCCAUUAUUCAUUCAAUGGAAGCUAUUGUUGGAUAUUCUCCAGAGAAAAGUCAAAAUAUGGUUCUUAUGGGCGGUUUAACAAAACAUGCCCCAAUUACAAAAACCGCUUUUUUAAUAGGUACACUCUCUCUUUGUGGUAUUCCACCUUUUGCUUGUUUUUGGUCCAAGGAUGAGAUUCUAAAUGAUAGUUUUGUAUUCACCAAUUUUCGCAAUAAUAGCUUGUUCCACAGCAGGAUUAACUUCAUUUUAUAUGUUUCGAAUCUAUUUACUUGUUUUUGAAGGAUAUUUAAACGUUCAUUUUCAAAAUUUCAAUGGAAAGAAAAAUAGUUCUUUCUAUUCAAUAUCUUUAUGGGGCAAA